AGACAAAUGAGCUCGAUCCUGAACAGAGGCAAAAGGAUCAAACACGUCACACUUGUCGCCUCAAGAAACUCAAAGCCCAUCAUGAUAAAUGUGAGGCUCAUUACAAGGCAGCCUGUGUAAAGAUGGCAAAUGAAGAGAAGGAGAGGACGUCUUGUCUACAUGAGAAGGGUUUAAUGCAAUCACAACAGUCAUCCAGUGAGAGUGACGAUACCAUCAUCCUUGGUCCAACACCAGCUGCAGUAAUCCAGGACAUGAGUGUGCCUGAGCUCGCCAGAACCAACAGUGUGAUUUUACACGAACAAAUGCUUGGAUACACAGAAGAGGCUCCAUCAAGUUCUGAGAUCAGUGAGGAAGAGUAUAUUCCUGAAUCUGCUGAAUCUGACAGUGACAGUUCAGUAGAUGUUAAACAGCUUAAGGGGAGGAAGAAAAGAGCCCAGAAAACAACUUCAGCUUCUUCUCUGGAAGUCCAACCACUUAAGAGAAGGCGUGUGACCACUUCUUGUUCCUUGGCUGCAAAAGACCCUGGAGAAUCUUCUUCAGCUGAUGUGAAUGACCCUGGAGAAUCUUCUUCAGCUGAUAUGAAUGACCAUGGAGAAUCUUCUUCACCUGAUGUGACAGUCAUGACCCUGAAGAAGAAGGAAGAUGGCAGUAGGGUUUACAAUAAAAGGUAUUAUUGUGUAUUUUGUAAUAAACCUUAUAGCAAAAUGUCACGCCAUCUAGAAGCAAAACACAGUGAUAAACCAGAAGUGGCAAAUGCACUGAAAUGCCCCAAAGGCUCUAAAGAGCGAUGGCUGCAGUUCUCUUUAUUGAGAAACAAAGGAAACCGUGCCCAUAAUAAUAAAGUGAUUAAAGAGGGAAAAGGAAUGGUCAUACCCCGUCAACAAUCCACCAAACCUGCAAAAGCUGCUGAUUACUUGCAUUGCAUCAACUGUGAGGGUUACUUCAAGCGGAAAUCCUUGUGGAGUCAUAUGCGGAGGUGUAACCUCAGUCAAAAAGUCAAAGGACUUAAGCCAGGAACAUCUCGAGUCCAAGCCCUUUGUAAAUAUGCAGAGCCAGUACCUGACAGUGUCAAUGCACAAUUUUGGAAACUAGUACUUAACAUGCACCAUGAUGACAUAACAAAGGUUGUCCGCAGUGAGAAGUGCAUCUUGAAAUUAGGAGAACAUUUGUUCAAUAAACAUGGCCAAGAUGUUACAAGACACGAAUACAUCCGACAGAAGAUGCGUGAGACCGCACGAGUUGUUCUGCAAGGACAGAAAGAUGGCAAGUUGGAGAUGCUGUCAGAUUUCUUUGUGCCAGCUAACUUCCCUCACGUCAUAGAUGCCGUUCAGAAGGUGGCUGGCUUGGACGAGAGAACAAAAGUCUUCAAAACACCAUCUUUAGCACUCAAGUUUGGUCACAACCUCAACAAAGUGGCCAGUAUUCUUGAAUGUGAGGCUAUGAUCUCAGGCGAUGAGAAUACCAUUCAGAAUGACUUUGAAUGA